AUGGCUGGUAACCCAGGCUAUUUCUCCAACCACAGCCAAACCCGCUUGACGAAUACUACUGGAAGCAAUAAUAAUCCAUCUCCUGUGUCUACCCCUGCUCCAUCUGGCCCCAACGGAAACUCUCUGACGGGACCUAAUUCUCGAUCUCGGAGUACAUCAGGCGCCGCACCUCCGUCUGCCGUGCGCUCUAAACAUUUUUCUCUUUCCGUAACUGGGACCGAAAGGCCAUCUGGAGAAAAAGGACGUGGCACGAGCGCAGAUCGCACGGGCAAUGGCAGUGGCUUGGCUGCAGUUCAUCCACUCAAAUCCACCUGGGUGAUCUGGUUCCACCAGCGCCAAAACAGAACACCACAGACACUCAUUAAUUAUGAGGAGGGAAUCAAGCGUGUGACUGCUUUUAGCUCCGUCGAAUCGUUUUGGUCCAUCUUCACUCACCUGAACCCCCCAUCAAACCUCCAACCAACUACCGACUACCUCAUCUUUCACUCCGGAGUUCAGCGGCCCGUUUGGGAGGACCCGAUGAAUGUAAAAGGCGGAAAAUGGAGUAUCCGUUUGCGCAAAGGUGUCGCAGACAGGCUCUGGGAGGAUCUCAUACUUGCUCUCAUUGGUGAUCAAUUCGAGGACGAGGACGAGGUCUGUGGAUGUGUCCUUAGCGUGCGCAUCCAAGAAGAUAUCAUUAGCAUUUGGAACAAGGACGAGAGUAAUAGCCAGGUGUUAAAUAGGAUACGGUGA